AUGGCCCCGCGACCUUACUUUGUUGGCCCCGCGCCCCAUCAUCAGCACACGCAUACGAUCAUUCUUCUCCAUGGUCGAGACAGUGUCGCGGAUGAGUUUGCCGCAGAGCUCUUCGAAAGUGAAGCCUCGGUUCCGGCCGACCGCCCUCGCACGCUCAUCGAUCUCCUUCCCACUGUCCGCUGGGUGUUUCCCUUUGCGCCCAUGCUUCCCUCAGCACGUUUCGGCGUCCCGAUCUCGCAGUGGUUCGAUAUCUGGUCUGUUCAGGAGCUCGAUGACCAGCACGAACUCCAGCAGCCCGGGCUUCGGCUGAGCACCGAGACCAUCAUGCACGUUAUCACCGAAGAGGAGGACAUUGUGGGACGUGAAAAUGUGUUUCUUGGUGGCAUCAGUCAGGGCUUCGCGACAGCUGUAGCUGCAUUCUUCAUUGGCGGUGAAGGGUUGGCCGGUCUGAUUGGGGUGAGCAGCUGGAUGCCGAAACUCCAACCUGCCGCCAUCACUCUCGCUCCCGAGCGGACACCGGUACUGUUUCCUUCCGCAGCCGAGGUAGAAGGCCCCGAAGUCGAGACUGGUAUACGGAGCACACGGAAAACGCCCGUGUUCUUGGCCCACAACGCUGAUGACGAUGUCGUUCCGUUGCGCAAUGGCGUUAUGCUUCGUGAUGCACUUCGAGCCCGAGGUGAUCUAGAUGUAGAGUGGCAUGAAUAUGGUGAUGGCGGCCAUUGGUUCAAUGAGCCACAAGGUAUGGACGACAUGGUUGGCUUCCUGAAGAUGGCCGGGGUACCAGGCCAGCCACAGUCCUCGUGA